AGAGGCAGAGAGAGCUCGGCGCACUGAUCCGGGGGGAGCGCCGGAGCCGCUGCAGCAUCUGAGCGAAGAAAGAAACCGAACCAGCACCGAUCCUUCCGCUGCUGCUGCUGCUGAGAAAACCGACAGCACCCAAACGCACCGGGCCGGGCGGGGGAUCCUGCUCAGGUGAGUGAGGAGGAGGAAGAAGGAGCGUCGACCGUUCAGCCGCCGGACGGAGGAAGCCCGGGCCCGAGAGGAGGAGCUCCGUUUGGGCUCAGAUUCUGGUGUUUUCGGCGGUGUUCGCGCGGAGGCUGAAGCCUCAGAGAGGCGGGGGGAGGACGCGCUGAAGCCGGGGAGGAGCGGCCGAGAGCCGCCGCUACACGGAGCGGAGAUUUCUGACGGAGGGCUCGCGGUGCGGUGAGAUCCGACCGAGAGGAGGGACGGAGAAGGAGUCUGCCGUCCACCGUCGCCUCCACCAAUGGGUUAGAGCCGGGCUGUUGUUCCGCAGCAGCCUCGGAGGGUCCGCUCACACCUGCGCACGCCUGCCCGCCCCGACCUGCAGGGGCCGGAUGAUGUAGUAGCCAGCCGCCCCCUCCCACCGCAUCCCGUAAAUUUACCGCCUCCACCUACCGACCACCGUCCCAGCCUCGCUGCCCCCACCACCGCCUCCACCACCCACCCCCGUCCCACCAUGCCGGCGGGGAUGAAACCGCUGGAGAAGUUCCUGAAGAAGCAGACCACGGCGCUGACCCGGGCCGGGGGCUUCGUCGGUGGGGUGGCGGACAAAGCCAGCGGGACCGGGGCGUCCCGCCGCAGGGCCAGCCUGUCCCGGGUCGUACCUUUCUUCAGGGAGACGUCACCGGAGAGCGGCCAGGCGCGAGAGGUUUUCAGCCCUGACAGUGAGGAUCCCCCAUCCUGGCCCUCAGCUGCAGGGACCGGUGUAGUGACGGCCCUCAGCAGUGCCAAUGGCUCCGGUUCUGGUUCUGGAGGGGGAGACGUUCGCAGUCCAUCCCUGUCCAGUGACGAGCAGAGCUCCGAGGCGAGCCUGAUCACAGAGACCGGAGGAGGGGGAGGGACGCCUGUCCACGCUGACACCCCAGAAAACCUGACGCUCGCCGUGCUAGACAGCGUGGCAGGAAAACGCUUCGGACACUGCAAAGAAACCCUCCUGGAUGACUUCAUGUUGACACAUCCCAUCUUCCUGACGGCGGACAGGCUCCAGCAGGUCCUGCUGCAGCAAUUCAGUCUGGAGGGAGAUGGAGGAGGGGCGGAGGGGGAGAGGAGAGAUGGAGGAGGCGGAGGAGGAGGAGGAGGGGAGAGGGAUGGAGCGAUGGAUGAAGCAGAGAGGAAGCAGGCGGUGCUGACUGUGGCGUUUCGAUACCUGGACACCUACAGAGAGCUGCUGCAGGAGGAGGGAGAGCGCAGCAACAGCUUCCCCAAGGAGCUGUACAUGUGUGCGGUUCAGGAGCUGAGCCAGUAUCCUGAGCUGGUGGAGGACGUCCUCAAACUGCAGCGAUGGACCGAGAUCUUACACUGCCCCUCUGAUGAGGAGAAGGAGAGCAGGAAGAAGCAGGUCCGUCCUCUGUUCAGACACUUCAGACGCAUCGACGCCUGCCUGCAGCCCAGAGAGGCCUUCAGAGGCUCCGACGAGAUCUUCUGCAGGGUCUACACUCCAGAUCAUUCCUACGUCACCAUCAGGAGCCGUCUGUCUUGCCGGGUCGGAGAGAUUCUGGCUCUGGUCAAAGAGAAGCUCCAGUACAGCGAAGACCAACCAGUGCUGCCAGGAAACCUCAUACUGGUGGCUGUGACCUCAGCAGGAGAGAAAGCGGUGUUUCGUCCCAGCGACGAGGCCGUCUUCACCACGCUGGGAGUCAACACUCACCUGUUCGCCUGUGAACCCUCCGAACUGGACUCACUGCUUCCUCUUCCUGAGGAGAUCCACUGGACGCCGGGCGACAGUAAACUCCACGACAUGUCGGCGGAGGAGGUGGCCAAUCAGCUGGUGGUGUUUGACUGGGAGCUCUUCAGCUGCGUGCACGAGGUGGAGUUUGUGUGUUAUGUGUUUCACGGAGAGCAGUCUCGCUGGCGCCCCCUGAACCUGGAGCUGGUACUGCAGCGCUGCAGCGAGGUGCAGCACUGGGUCGCCACUGAGAUCCUGCAGUGUCAGUCGCUGCCGAAGAGGAUCCAGCUGCUCCGCAAGUUCAUCAAGAUCGCAGCGCUCUGUAAGCAGCAGCAGGACCUGCUGUCCUUCCUCGCUGUGGUUCUGGGUCUGGAUAACCCCGCCGUCAGCAGGCUGAGGCUCACCUGGGAGGGUCUGCCGGGGAAGUUCAGGAAGCAGUUUCAGCAGUUUGAGAGCAUCGCUGACCCCUCCAGGAACCACAAGUCCUACAGGGACCUGAUCACCAGCCUGAGACCUCCACUGAUCCCCUUCACACCUCUGCUGCUCAAAGACCUGACGUUCCUUCACGAGAGCUGCAAGACCUUUCACGGCGAACUCGUCAACUUUGAGAAGAUGCACAAAGUGGCCGAGAUGGUGAGGACCAUCAGAAGAUACAGGAGCAGCCAGCUAGCCAUAGAUGCAGAGACGUCUCCCUCCCACCUGCAGACCAAAGCCUACGUCCGGCAGCUGCAGGUGAUCGACAACCAGAACCUGCUGUUCGACAUGUCCUGCAAGCUGGAGCCCAAAGACACAUAGAGAGACGAAGGUGGAGGAGGACGAGGAGGAAGAGCUGGCGUCUGUGAAUCAAAAGGAGAAGAUGGAUAGUAGGUAGAGAGACCCUCCUCCUCCUCCUCCUCCUCCUCCUCCUCAUCUGCCUGAAACCACAUGAGGAACACGACAUUUCGGUUGCGGCCUUCAUCGAUCUGGACUGAAAACCCGUCACGUUUAAACCCACAGAGGAGUUCUGUCGGCUCAGGAUGCCCCAAACCAUCCGGGGACCGGCAGUCUUCAGUCUGCAUUCAGUGGCCAUUUCAUCUCCAAAAACUGGGAAUUUUGUCCUGUGAGCCUUUCUCGGGAACGUUCAGGAAGCUCUCGGGAUUUGAAGGUUUUGUAGAAAAUUAAAUUUGACAAAUUUAAAAAGAAAUAAAAAGCAGAUCUCAUUAAAAAAAAGAGUGUUUAUGAGCCCAGACGACGAUCCAGAACCUGCUGAAGACAAAACCCUGCGGCUGACCCGUAUCAGCCCGAAGUGUCCUCAUUCAAGACCACGUGAAACUUCAGGCUCUGAGGACGAACUCAUCAUUGACCUUCAACCCCAAACACACAUCACAAGCUGAGGCACAAAGCUCAGAGUGCUCUGCAAGAAAAAUGAGCAGCAAAUAUUUCUGCAAAAGGAAAAUAAAAUGAUAAUAAACUGUAAAAUAAGCAACAGUGACAAUAAAUAAUAAAAGUCCUGCUGCAGAGCAUCGAAUCAGGACAAAACCCAGAGCUUUGAGGACGUUUGGCUGCUGCAAUGAAGCUGACCGGCCUUCUGCACUUUGUUCUCCCUCCUCGACCAAUCAGACAGCAGAGCCUCGCCCUGCGGUCUAAACGAGAAGCUGUUCGUAGUAAUUCUGUCAGAAAUGACUCCAGAACGAGUUGCUCCAGGUCUCGGAGCCCCGAGGGCUCGACGUCUAAAAACGAGCAGAAACGGGCUGAUGAUGAUGAGGAGACAGACGCUCCUGUAACAGGACGAACUCUUCGCUUUCAGUGGCGAGCAGCAGCCGUUUCAUUCUCGCUCCAUCGUACAGAGCCAGGUGGUGGCGCUGCUCAGUAGUGAUGCUGAGGCAGCACUGAGGUCAGGAGCAGCUGCUGGCUUGGACCAGAGCAGUUUUCCUGCAGGUGGAACUGGUAAAAUUUCCAACUUUAAAACUCUUGGAUACAAGUUUGGAUCACAUGGAUUUCAUAUAUUUUUCCAUCAAAGUAACGCUGAUGCGUCACAGAACCAUCAGCCCCGGCUGACCUCAGGUCUGUGGUUUGUAUCAGCGGCUGUUUCCCGCGAGCUGGAGCAUUCCAGGAAGUUUCCUGUACACUGACGAUAUCUGUGAAGGACUCACGGAUACUGUGUGAGGUCAUCAUGAUGCGUACAUGCAGAUGUAGAUGCUGGUUUUCUACCAAACGACAUGUGAGGCCUCUUCAGUCUUUCUGCUUCCUGUUUCAGGACUUUGAUGAACAUCCAGCGUCUCUCAGUGUUCAAUGACCCCUCAGGAGGGUCAGAGCAUUCAUGUGACACCCGCUUUUAAAGGACCACGCCCGUGUUUUUAAACCUUUAACUUGUCGGCCUGUUUAAACGUCAGGACGUGGUUUGGUUUUGUUUUUUUGGGUUUUUUUACAGCUUCAGUUCAGUUUCUGUUCAUGGAAAUGAUCAGUGAGUCCGUGAGGGGCUCAGAGUACGGCUGCUGCUCCUCCUCAUCGAAAGGAGCCAGUUCAGGUGGUUGGGGCAUCUGACUAGGAUGCCUCCUGGGCACUUCCUACUGAGAGGAGGCCCCGGGGCAGACCCAGGACACGCUGAAGAGAUUAUAUCUCUUGGCUGGCCUGGGAAUGUCUCGGUGCCCCCCAGAUGAGUUGGAGGAGGUGGCUGGGGAGAGGGAGGUCUAAGCUUCUCAGCUUAGGCUGCUGCCCCUGUGACCCAGCCCCUUAUAACAGAGGUGGAUGGAUGGAUGGAAAUUAUCACAGGGUUUUUAGCAGUAGUGUCAAACUCAUUUCAGGCCACGGUGAAAAACCAGUGCACAGGAGACCUGGUCAGAGUCCAAAGACAUAAAAGUCAAUACACAUUCAUGGUAGGUUCUCCCUCUGAGGUUCUGAAAGUCCAGCUGGCUCAGGAAGGAGCUGAGACCUUUGGGAUGAAAACGGCUCCUUUUGGAAAGGUCAGAGUGAAUGAAAACACGGGUCUGGUCCUUUAAGAACGCGGCCGAUCAUGAGCUGAUGGGACUGAUGAUCACAUGACCUGCUCGUGCUGAUGUCAUCGUACCGGACAGGUGAGCACAGACACACAAAGAAGUGGACGGGAAGCACUUCUUUCACUCUAACUGCUGUCACACCUGACCGACCAAUCAGCUUUAAGGAAGGACUCGGUCGCCCCCACAGAGCCGCCCUCCCAUUGGUGGGCUCAGCGCGUCGGGGCGGUCGGGGUCCGAGGCAAUAAGAAGAGCGACGGAAGCGAAGCUGGCUGGUCGACGUGUCGCAUCGACGAAGCACUUUUGCCAAACCUCAGGGCUCAGAGACACACGGAGGUUUUCUUUACUCUUUUCUUGGUUUCAGUAGAGUUCAGUUCAGUAGAGUUCAGUUCAGUAGAGUUCAGUUCAGUUGAGUCCAGUUGUGUUGCGAUUGAUUGGUUCUGUGUUUGUACAGCUGAUCACACUUCAGUCAUAUUUACUCUAAUAAUAAUAAUAAUAAUAAUGAUAAUAAUAAUAGAAAUCUACAGAGCUGUUGUUUUUAUGCUGUGAUCACCACCAGGCCUGAGUGCAGUGAUUUUUUUUUUACUUAAAGAGCCGCUCAGCUGCAAAAAAAUGAGGAGAGUCCAUCUGAAGACCUUUUGUUCUUCAAAGAGCUCAGAGCAGCAGCUCAGUGAUGCAAAGAUCUGUGCACAGAUUAAUAAACCACCCUGAAUUAACUCCCAGACUCAAAGAUUUACCCUCCUGCGUUCCUGCCCUCACCUGUGAGCGAGCCGUGGGCUCGGCCUCAGAGAGGGCCUGAGGAGCUCCGCCAUGUGAAAGGAGCUCACAGGUGACGUGUUUCACCUGUGCCAUGCUGGAGAGCCUCAGCUGGUUUGGGAAUGCCUCAGUCUCCACCCAGAGGAGCGGCCAGCAGAGGGUGUUCUGCAAGUCUCUGCUUAAACUGCUGCCCCCUAGUGGCCUGGAUAAUCGGCACAAAAUAAACUGUGUAUUUAAAUGCUUCAGGAAUAUUAAAUAAAUAAUAUAAUAACAGCUUUUUUAAAUCGAGGGAACAAAUGAAAAAGUCAUGCCUGCAGGUUCAUAAACCAAGUGCACCUUUUAAGGAACUACAGAAAAGGAUUAAGAAACUGAAGUGAUGCACUUUGGCAAAAUGUGUCCACAGAUUUAAUGUCCUCUGUGGGCCUCCGUAGACUUAAAAUCAUGGCUGCCGCGUCACAUGAACAUGUGUGGUAAUUUCCUGGUUAGUGAGAUUUCAGUGCAGCGGUCUGACAUGCAGGAAGAUAAAACUGCAAAAGGCUUUAAGAUGGUUUUUCUUUUUUUAGUUCACUGAAGAGCUUCACUCUGAGUUCUUUAAACACGACAUCUGUAAAUGAAGCUGCAGCUGAAUCUGAGGCCGACUCAGUAAUCUGAUAAUGUUGAAAUGACUGAGGCGUAGGUUGUGGUUCGUUUGCUGGAAGUCUUCCUGCUGCAUCAGCUGACCCUGGGCGACUCGCCUUCGUGAUGUUUUUUCUUUGAAUCCCUAUGAUUGGCGUGACGUCGUCAGACUGAGGCUCUUCAGUGCGUCGAGCGGCUCAGGUGUUUGAGUCGGAAAAUGUGUAAAACGUGCUCUGUGCUCAGCUCUGGUGGCUGGUGAGACUUCAUCAUUCUCCAUCUGUACCAUAACAUCCUGUUUGUAAAAGCUCAGCGAGGCCGGUCCCGUCCAGAAACAAGUCCUCGCACAGCGGACGUUUCGGCACAGCCCAGAGCUCCUCGUACCUCUGCUGGGUUCAUGUUUCAGUCCUGUUCACUUAAACGAGGCUUUUAUUUUGGUAAUUUGUGGACUUGAUGAAACGUGCAUGGAGUUUAUUCACUGAGUAAUUCACUCAUUUUCACUCAUUCAAUUCAAUUACAUUUUUUUAUAUAGCACCAAAUCACAACAAACAGUUGCCUCAAGACGCUUUGUGUUGUAGGUAAAGACCCUACAAUAAUUACACAUAUUUUCUUAAAGUCAAGACAUGAGGGUUUCAGAUCCCUUUAGUCCUCGAUUUACCACACAGGACUUUAACAUGAUACCUAAACUAAGGUUACUUGAUUCUGGACAGGGCAAGAGCUUCAAAACUUCUUCACCUCAGCAAGACCUUUCACCCAAUAUGGAGUCAAAAGUUGGAGCUCCCAAGAAUUUUGAAAGCUAGUUUGAAUUUCCAGGAAGGCGCUUUUACUUCCCUAAAAAUGAGUCAAAAACCCAAGCAGCCAACAGGAGCUCCUGAAACUGUGAACUCAAGCCCCAAAAAUCCUGAUGGCAAAUUUCAAAUAAAUAAUUUUAGGAUAAACUCAAAUUAUCAGCAAACAAACAGCAAAUUAUCUGCAAGUUUAGCUUCAAACUCUAGAAGUCCAGUUCAGUUCUCGUUCAAUAAACCCAAGAAAGCAAGUUUGAUAUAUCAGCAUUUCCUGAACCGUAGUCGGCACGGAGAGCAGGAGCUGAGGUGGAGGUGGGCUGCAGAGCGGCUUGCAGGCCUCUGGGCAAUCAGCAGGUCAGAGCCUGAACUUUCUAUUCAGGCAUUCUCACUCAUGUUACUCAGAACUUAAAUUUAAGUUCAAUCCUAAACUCUAAAGUUCACAGGUUUGUUUCAGAAAACAGGUUUUAAACACUGAUCAUUUAAGACUGAGUCUUAACCUCCAAGAAAGUUAGUUUUAAGCUCAAAGGUCACCAGUUUCAGACUCGGCUCCCAACAUUUGAACUCUGACAAAGGUGGUUUGAUUUAAAACCUCCAGAAACUCCCCCAGUGUUCCCGAAACAGGAGCUCCGGAGUCCGGCCCAUGAACAGAUCUCCUCUCUCAGCCUGAGCGGUGUUCAGGUCUCUCUAUUCGAGGUCAAAGGUCUUGUCGAGGCGGAGGUGUUAGUGGCGGUUUUGGCGGGUACACAGUGUGAAACCCAGCGAAGAUUACUAUUAGAUCAUCACUAGUCUGCCGGUGGCUCUCUCAGGACCACUUCCUGGGUGUCGGGUGCUUUAUCAUGGAUCCCACCAUCAUACUGGGCAGAAGCAGCGGUCCUGGGUCCCCACCUGGCUGUAACCCGAAUUAAGCUAACCUUAACUUGCUUAUUUCUGACCUCACUGGAGCAAAGCUUCCCAUGUGGUGGACCAAUCACGGCUCAUGCCUCUACUUCGCUGGGAUCCAUGAUUCUGAGAAGCGGGCGGCCUCUUGGGUCGAGGCCAUCCAUGCUGUCGCCUGAAUGAAAAACACUGAAAAAAAUAUGUGUACAUACUGCAACCCUGUAAAUAGGCAAAUACUAACGGAGACUAUAUUUUAUGUAUGAGCAGAGAGAGCGGCGCUAACUCAAGGAGAAACUUUGAUUUGGUGUUUUUUAUUUGUAAAAGUGAGAUAAAGUGUAAAGUGAUGACAGAAAGAAAUUAUUAUGACUUUAUGAAUUGUACAGUUGAAUCUCCUCAGUUUGAUGGUUCUGUUGUUUUCUAUCUAAAGCUUCGGGUUCUUCGGUUUCUUUUUUUUGUACAUAAGUGGUUGUUUACAUCGAUAACAAGUCCUGAUGUGAUGUGAUUGGAGCAGAGGUCUGAUGGGGGCGGGGCCUGCACGACUGCUAACAUAUUACCCAGAAAAUCUUUUGAAAAUCAUUUGAAAUGAUUCAAUAAUAAAAAAAAAAUCUGUUGAAAUUAUUUGAAAAUUAAAAAAAAAUUAGGAAUGAGUUUUUUUUUUUUGAAAAUGGAAAUUUGAGCCAUUUCUUUAAAAACUGAAAACAAUUUCUUUAAUGUCUCAAUGUCUUUAAUGUUUAUAUUGUGACUAAUAAUUAUGCAAAUAUAACAAGAAAAAUAUUUCUCAAAGUUCUGAUUUUAAACGUCAUAAAAUAAAAGUUGCAGAUAAAUCUGUAAUUCUGUUCCUGAAAUAAUUUAAAUAUAAAUCUUCAAAGACGAUCAUCGUUUUUAAAAGGCCAAUUGUCUUUGUUGUGUUCUAUAUUAAAAUUAUCAUUGUAUUUAACAUCACAACUUUUUAAACUUUUUUUAACUGUAGAUCAUAUAAUUAAACGCAAUCAUUAAAGUCAAAGUUCAGUUCUCAUAAUAUUACAUUUUAAUUGUUGACACUGAUUUAUUUCAUAAAUUUAUGGCAUUUCUGCUAAAAUUGAACCUCUCAUUGAAACACUCAUAUUAAAGUUAAAUUCUGGUGAAAUUAAAACUUUUUACCUGAACGAUUUUUUAAUUUAUAUUUUAUUUUUCCUUAAACUCAAACAGCAUGAAAUCAGGUGAGUUUGUGCCGUGGCCCUGAUAGAUGCACUUUAUCUGAGAUCAUGUUUAUCACAGGAAACAUAAAUCUGGGUCUCUGAGCUCAUAAAAAUGUUUCCAGCUCAGUUUUGUUCUUAAAGUUAAAUCUCUGGUAAAAGCAAAGACUCACAUAGAAAGGCUUCAAGUGUUCAUGCUAACAGAAAUUGGCUGAUUGGGAAGUUAUUGAUCAGGCUGUUAAUGAUCAGGCUGUUAUUGAUCAGGCUGUUAAUGAUCAGCCUGUUAUUGAUCGGGCUGUUAUUGAUCAGACUGUUGUUUGAUGGGAAGGUCGUCCUGCCCCCCCGGACUUUUGCUCCCUCUGCUGUCACACCACAGACACUGAAAUAAAACCUCUUGACAACAACAA